AUGGUCACUACUUCCAAGUAUACGCGUCCUUGGGCAGAUGGACCUUGGCCGUUGAUUGAAACACCCUCGAAGACCCAGAAUGUCUCAGAGCAUCCUGCUGUGUACAUUGCGAAUGAGAUGGCCUUCGCUCACAAUAGUAUGCUACGGGGGUUAAACAGCAUCUACCUUCAGGCACCGCACAUCUCCGAUCCUCAGGAUAUAUCAGAUUUCCUCUUCUUUGUACACGCGUGGGCGGGCUGGGUCUCACACCAUCACGUUCUGGAAGAAGAAAAGAUGUUCCCAGGGUUUGAGAGCGUCAUUGGCAUACCAAGCUUUCUCGAAAGCAACGUGGAACAACACCACUCCUUCCAGCCUCUACUCAAGCAGCUCUUGGAGUACAGCACCGAGACUCAGCCUGCAGACUACCAGGCUACUGUAGUUCGGCAGUUGAUUGAGAAAAUGGCUCCCAGUUUUCGUCAGCAUCUCAGCGAUGAGAUCACCAGUCUACUUUCUAUGGAGCCGUACGACGGGGACGCGUUGCUGAAGGUCUACAGAGAAUGUGAGGCGGAUGCAGGCAAACAAGACAAGCACGUGGUGCCUCCGAUGGUUCUCGGACUUCGAGACGUUACUUUCGAAGGAGGAAACCAAUGGCCUGCCAUGCCACCGCUGUCUGCAUGGUUUGUAUACUACCUCUUUUCUGGAAAGCAUGCCGGAUCAUGGCGCUUUUUGCCCUGCGAUACUUGGGGCACGCCGCGCGCGUUGGAAUUUGUCAUGGAAGACUCUUAG